AAAAAAAAAAAAGCAAAACCCACCCAAAGCCGCUCUAAAUUUGAGGGAAGAGCGAAGGCGGGCGGCAUCGGCUGGAAAAUGCAUCUCCCUCGGAGCUGCAUCGUCCUCCUCAUCCAGGGGAGCAUCUCGCUGCUGGUGACCUGUGGCCAAGAAGAGCCAGGGGAAGGUGCAGAGCAGCACGAGCCCAAGACCCAGGAGAGAGCCCAAGCGCAGAAGGCGAGGGGGCUGCUCUCCCCAGAGGCCGUGCUUGCUCCAGGCGUGCUGCAGAACGUGACCCUCAUGGAGCUGGUGAGCAGCUCACGGGAGCUGUGGGAUAUCCUGGAUAACCUCUCGGAGCGGGACCAUGCUCCGCAUCCCAGAGGCCAGAGGGACUUGGGGCCAGCCUCGGGCAAACUUAAAAAAAUUUUCGGCUGGGGAGAUUUCUAUUCCAACAUCAAGACGGUCAAGUUGAACCUCUUGAUCACCGGGAAGGUGGUGGAUCACGGCAACGGCACGGUCAACGUCUUCUUCCGCCACAACUCUACGGGGCAAGGGAACAUCUCCGUCAGCCUCGUCCCCCCCACCAAGGCGGUGGAGUUUGACCUGGAGCAACAGAUCUUCAUCGAGGCCAAAGAAUCCAAAAUCUUCAACUGCCGCGUGGAGUACGAGAAAGUGGACCGCGCCAAGAAGACCACGCUCUGCACGUACGACCCCUCGAAGACCUGCUCCCACGAGCACACCCAGAGCCACGUCUCCUGGGUCUGCUCCAAGCCCUUCAAAGUCAUCUGCAUCUACAUCACCUUCUACAGCAUAGACUACCGGCUGGUGCAGAAGGUGUGUCCUGACUACAACUACCACAGCGAUGUGCCCUACUACCCCUCGGGAUGAGGAGCUCUGCCCAGCUCAGGAUCCCCCGGUGACGAGGGGGCGCUGGGGGGGGCGGGGGGGAGGGAUGGGGAUGGUUUUUAAGCGGGGUGGGAGCGCAGCGGUCCCUAAAAAGCAGAAGCGAGGAAGGAAGAGGAGGGAUUUCUGUUUUCCCCAAGAGCUCCAACGUCAAGAGGAGGAGUUGUAGGCGAUGGGGUAACGGCAUUGCUAAACCUGGUGUGGAUCCGUGGUCUUUGGAGACAGGUACGCAAAGACAGGGUCUGAAACUGGGAUAAAAAAUAGGACAUAAACCACAAUCAGGACUUGCGUUUUCUCAGUGCAAUAAUGGAUUUGCCUGGAUCUAGGCCAUGUGGUCCUGAAAGGUUGGCGGCCAGGGAAAGGUCGCCUCCAGGAGCAGGCUUGUAGGGCCUGGAGCCAGGAGAAGACCCCCAGCAGGGACAAGGGCACCGAUGCACUCCGGGGCUGGAAGCCAGCCGUGGGCAGCCCCCCCAUCCGGGUGCCAGGAGGAACCAGAGCUGGGCUUUCCCCACAUGUGGGACAGCCCUCGGGGUGCAAAGGGCCGCGGGGAUGACAGUGGGGCAGGGAGGUGUCCCUUCCCGGGUGCCACCCCACCACAGCUCCCAGCUUUCGGGGACCGGGCCCGCUGGCUCCACCGGCUCGAGCAAUCCUGGUCGAAUCUGUCAAAUCUGCUGACACAAUAUAUGAUUCAUGUGUUUCCCCUGACACCGUGUGAUUCAUGCGUUUCCCCUUCAUCUCAUCCGCGCUUCCCAGCGUGCCGCCCAGCUCCCCCAGCGCCCGCUCCCCCCCCUCGCCGGAGGCGCUGCGCGGUCUGCAGUGCCCGGGUGGCGAGGUGCGCGCCCGCACGCGGGAAGUCAAGCUCUGACUGUAGCAUUUCGUUUAUUUUGAAGGAGAAAAAAAAAAGAUAGUGUUGUCCUUGGGAAAGAAUAAAGUUUUUACGGUGGCACUAAGGCAGGUCAAGUGUUUUUACUGCGAGCUAGCUCAGUCUCGCUGCGGGGUAGGAGGAGGAAAACAAGAGGGGACAGGCGGGAACAUGGCACAGGGCACGGCUGUGACCCGGCUUGGCUUCUCCCCGUGCCUGCACUCAGCUCUGCUCAGAUUCACCUGGAUUCCUUCCCCCCGAAAAUGAGCGGUGGGUCCUGCUUGGGGGGGCUGCCGGGACACAGACCCCUGCCUUUACCACUUCCAGCAGCACGCUUGAUUGAUAUCGCUCGGGUUAGGACCAGGUCUGUGCCCUCACUGGGUGCUCCCAACCUUCCCUGGGCAUCCAAACUCCCGGCUCCUGCUUUGCCUGGGGGCACAUUGGCUCCUACAAAGAAAAAAACAAAAAAAGGCAGCUUCCCCCUCCCUACUGUGCCUUUUGCCCCCAGAUUCCCCCUAUCCAGCGCACCAGGCCAGCUUAAGGCAACAAAUCCCCUUAAUCCAACAAAACCCCAGCCCAUUUAUUAGCUGGCUAUUACCUCCAGGGCAGGUUUUAUGCUUCAGCCUUGACAAGUCCAAUUCUUUCCUUCGCUACAGACUGCGGCCAGGUUUGCCGGGUGCUGGUGCGCAGCCGCCAAAUUUCCUUGCGUGCACUUUUAGAGCCUGGCAGAAGCCGGGUCCAAAAUACAUCGAGCAAAGAAAGCCUUUUAGUGCGAUAAAUCAAUGAGAUGACUUUUACUGGGAGAACAAAAAGUUUCCAAUGCUUGGAGAGCACAGUUUCAGGAAAUAACAGGACCGGUACGUGGCGGUGGAGGGAGGGGAACCAUCGCACAACCCCACAGUCCCCGAGCGAGGUUUUGUGGUCGCUGCGAGGAAGGGACACAAAAAGCCCCGUUCAAGCCCUUUCUGCCAGCACAGACAAAACAAACAAAACCACCCCACACAAAAGUUGCUCAUUGGGAGAAAUUUCAGACAAUUGCCAUUCGAAGAAACAGAGCAGGCAGCGGGGAAGAGAAAAAACCAGGCUACAAAGGAUGCACCAUUGUCAAAAGUGAUGUGGCAGCAGCAGUUACUAGGAGACCAGGACGGGCCAUUAUUCGGGCUUGGGAGAAGAGGAUUCCUGCUAGCAGAGUCACAACCUCGAGAAAAGAAGGAUUUCGCUGAGCUGGAGGGCAAACAAUAGAAGGGAAAAAUCCCCACACCCCAAAUCCCCAUGCCCCCAACACCCCCAUUCUCAGGAUGCCCGGUGGAGCCUUUGCACCAGCUCCUUUGUGAAGAUUUCCCUUGUUAAGAGGCCGGCUCGAGGUUUGGUGGGGUGCAUUCGGUCACAGCUCCCCAUUCCCAGCUUUGUGGGGCCCUGCUGCCACUGCGAGCUUGGCCACGGAGCCGCUUCUGCUUCUCGAGCGGAGGAGUUAAAGCCCUGCCACUGCCUCUGCUGCAAUGUUACGCAAGGAGCCGAGGCUUAAUUUCUUUCCCCAUUAGCAGACGAACAUGAAACAGAUUUGGGGGAAGAGCGGAGAUUUGUCCAAAUGAAGUUCCGCGAGCUGCAAACUUCACUACAAACGAGGCGGCGUGUAAUGACGGUGGGAAGCAGACUUCAAAAAUCCUCCGUGACACCAGAGUUCAGCAAAGUGCCGCCGAAGUAGUCACAGGCAGUUUUGCAAUUAGAGCCUAUCUCCAUUUAUAAAAUGCAGCUCCUUAUCGCCUCUGAUAACUCAGCGGACGGCUGAUCUCUUUGUCUCCAAAGCAGGAAAAGCCCUGAUGGGAACUACUCGCCGCUGUCAUCUCCAGCUACACGGUGACCGUUCUCCAUCUCCAGUAAUUAGCUUGCUUUAGUUUGUUAAUACGUUUUUCCUCUUCCCCACCAAAUCCUCCUCAUUUAAAUUUCAUCGCUCUCCCAGCCCAGCUAACCUGGGCUUCUGCACAUUUCCAAACGGGCUGCCCAGAAGAGCCUGCUCCUCCCUCCCACCAAAGGCAAUCAGCGGCCGUUAAUUGCACUCAUUAGGCCUGCCUGGUGGGGACCGGUGCAGCCAGGCUGCUCAGCACCAGGAUGAGAUGGGGCAGGAUAAAACCAGGAGCUGCUGCGAUGCUGCAGGGACACGAGCACCCGAGCAUCCCGGUCCCGGACGCCCUCUGCGCCCCCAAGGGUGCUCCCAGGGGGGUGGCUCCCAUCGCUUUGGCCUCCCUCAGCUUUCAGGGCUGAAGCGAUGCGACUGCCACCAUCUUCCUUAAACGCUGAAUAUUUGGGUAAUUCUGCAAGGGCUGUUUUCCACAAUUCUGCUCGCAGUCCAAGCUCUCCUUUGUUAAUUUUGCCCUGUAUCUUGAAAAAUAAUUAGCAGUAAUCAACCAGAAAUCCAUCUCUUCACAGGUUUUGAGUCCUCUUUGCCUUUUGUAAUCUGCCAGUCAAUCAGACUUUGUCUCUCUGCCGUUUCCUAUUUACCAUAUCCAAAAACCAGCGGUGGCCUCUGAUUCAAAUUAGACUCUCAUUGCCAGCUAUCACCUUCAAAAUGUGCUAAUGCAUUACUCCAGGAUUUCAGAAAGGACAAAUCUCACAGGAAGGCACAAUUUAAUGCAAGGAUGGCACAACCAGAGCCCUCUCACCGUUACGACAGCUUCGAGGCAUCAAUUUUCUCAACUCAGGGUCAGCCAGCUUUUUUUCCAAUAAUAAACAUUUUUAAGCAGAAUCCAGUCAGAUGCUGAGAUCUCAACCAAGAAAGAAGUUUGUUAAUUUGUACAGAGGCUUUUUAUGGACAAGCCACAAAAGGUUAUUGCCAGAAGAAUCUUACUUAAUGUGAGAACUCCCUUACAGGCAUGACAAUCACGGAGUUGCCAGCCUUUGGGAUUUUCACCAAGAUUUGGAGGAGUUCCCGCAGCAGGGGCUGAGCCACUUGGAUACCUGAGAACUUCAGCUUCCAGAGGGAAAGAAAUGGCUUAUCACAAAAACCUUGGGAAAAAAAAAAAAAAAGGCUUAGAUAUCAAUUCACAAGUAUUUGUGUCAAUUUGUGUCAGAUUUUAUGAUUUCCACAUCAAACUCAUAUCACAGUCUGUCCCAGUUUUCUUUUAGGAAGGGUUUGGGCUGUUGAUACCAAAACUACUGCAGCUCGGCGAGCACGUAACUUUUUGCUUGGGGGGCACGGGGUGGCUAUUGCAAAAUAUAAUCCCUUACUUUCAGAUUUUGCUAGCAAAAACUAAAAGAUUUCCAAGUGGAUUCACAUGCAAAGCACCGCUGUAACCUGAAGGCAGGGCUCGGCCGCAGCCCUGCUCCAACCUACAACCAUCGCUUGCAGGUUCUGGGAAUGGAAAAGCAUUUCCAUUUCCGUUGCUUCUGGUUUCGGUGCCUCCCCGCCUCUCCUGCAUGGGAUCAUCGGAGGCACCGCAGCUCCCGUAACUCCGCGGGCUUGCUAGGACAAACCCAGCCCUUUUGUUCCUAAAUAAAACCACUGAGGUUCUGCCUGGCAGAGGGAACCCUGAGUGCUUUUACUACACAAAUAAACAAAUUUUACAGUUUCAUGCCCAAACUAUCAAGUGGCUAUUAGCAUCUUCACCGAGCUUUAGCUCCUAUGAGCUAGGGCUGCGUAUGUCCAAUGCUGCAUCUUUAUGGGGAUGAUUAGACUUUAAUGAGGUCUAGUGAGUCAGCCAAGCCUUUAUGCUUGUAAUCUCCCAUUUCAAUAGCCACAGCAGCUCCUGGAUGCAUUAAUACCGCUGGUUCUCCUGCCACACUCUUCUCUGUGCAUAAAAGCACCGGAUCUUGCCAUUGUCGUUGCCACCAGUGCCAGGCCAGCGUCACACCAGCCACGGGGACGCAGCCAGCGAGACAUCCCUGGGAUCAGAUGCGGGAGAAGCAGCAGAGUCAGGGCAGCGCAGGGUCCUGGUCCCACUCCAGCCGGUGGUCCCUGAGCCUUUCGAGCCCUCUUGAAGUCUCUUCUCUGUGGCUCGGGGUCAUUUUGCAGUGCCAGCGCAGGCUGCGCUAAGGAGCAGCAUCUCAUUCCCUGGGCGGCGCGGCAAAGUGGUUCGAGAAGCUUAAUUCCUGGGCAUAAAUCCUGGUCGCGCUAUUGGCUUUUCUGAUAAACUUAACCAAGUUAUUCCAGGCCUUUGUCUAGUCUGCCUUAUCUCUCUCUAUAAAGAUAAUAUUCAUUUGCCUUCUGGGGAUGGAGAAAGACUGCACGAUCAUCAAGCACUUUGGAAAUCCUCCACUGAAAGGGGAGGCAAACAGAAAUGAUUAUUCAUGAAAUCCCCAGUGUUAUGACUUGUUAUUACACGCAGAAGACUAAAAAUGCAAGUGGGCUGAAUGCAUCGUCUAUUUGAUCUAAGAAUUAUUACAGUUUUGCCAAUUAGACCCAGAACCCAAAUACAACCGCUUCCCUCCUCCUCCUCCCGCUCCCCUGCCAGAGCUUAGCACCAGCUGCUGUCUCAUAAACACCACCGUUUCCCCAUCUUCCUGCGCUUUCAACAAACUCCAAAAGCAGCAGGUCUCUGAUUGUUUUCCCUCCAAUUAAUGGCAGAGAGCACUGCUCUCCGAGAGCGAAGCCGCACCGUGCAACGUCACGUCGCCAAAACAACCGCUCGCCCCUCGGUGGCUUUUUUCCUGCCCGAGAGGGAGCCGUGCUGAGCUGGGGGGUGAGAAAAGCACCCUGUCAUCCCCCCCCAAAAAAAACCCUACAGCAGCUCUCGCCUACCUGAGAGCAUCACACACCGCAUCAGCUGGAGGGAUGGGGCUGGAGGCUUAAGCAGCCGGGCUGCUCUGCUGUUCAGUGCACUGGUGGCACGAGGGCACGCAGCCAAGCGCCGGAGGAAUCGGGCAAUCUGCUCCCUUGGGGGAGCUCGGCGCGUACAUGCUGUUCUGCAGAACAAGGCCUGAACCUCCUGGUGGGAAGGCAGGAUUUACUUUUGCCUGAGAGGUUUCCAGACCUACCAGAGCACCCAUCUGCUCCCCAAAUGUCUUCUUUCCCAAAGAGGAGGUGGGAGAUGCUGUGCAGUAAGCCCUUCUCCCCCGGUCCUGUAAGGUCACUGCUUGUGGGGCCGCUCGCAGCUUGCUGUGCUGCUGCACACCCGUUAGCAGCAGGACCAGAGCGAGGGCUUCCUCUCGGGCCUUGUUAUAUUGCAAACAGAGUCAAAAAGGACUGAGGAGAAGCGGUGAUUUUUUUUUUUUUUGGUGUUUUUUAAAUAGAAAUAUUCCAAUUUAAGUACCAUAUGGAUAAAUCCAGCCUUACCGGGGUUGUACAAAAUCAUCCCAGAGUGUUGGGGUGUGAGGGCCGCUGCAGUCACAGCUUCUGCAUGCACAGGAGGCAGCGUCGAAUUUGCAUUUGCUGCCCAAACAUCCCAGCCGGACCAGCUGGGGUCUCAGCUCCUGAAGCAAACCCGCAGCGGAGCUCUCGCUGCGAGCAGAGCGGGGCUUAGCCAGCACCAACGGCUGCAGGAAAGGUCUGGGCGAGAUGGAGCUGAGCAGGUCGCGGAGGAGAACAGGGUCAAGAUGCACACUCACGUGGCCCCAAAUGGAUGAACAAGGCAGUGGGGGGGGGGGGGGGGGAGAUUUUAGGGGUAUAUAUUAAAUAUCUGAGACCAUCCUGAGUCACCUCCACGUUGUGGAAAGGCUUCUGUGUGCUCAGGGCUCAGCAAACCUCAGGUUGCUUUUACAAAACCCCACCCUCUUAAAAAAAAAAAAAAAAAGAAAAAACACCUGAAUAAAUGCACCCAAAAAAAUAUAUAUAUAAAUAAAUAACACAAACAAACCAAAACCAAAACAACAAAUAGCACCCAAUAACGGCCAAAAAAAAAAAAAAAAGCCGACUCCCCAGCCCCUAGCACGACCACCUCCAAGCCUUUCGGCGAGCCUCGGCGGCUGUUUCCAGCUGAAGGAGCAGCUGGCUGCUCGCGAGGGGCUGAGCGGCGCUGUCAGCGCCUGCAGCGGCCGGCGGUCCCCCGGGGGUGAGGGGCCACGGCGCUGGUCCACGCGCUGUCACCGCUCGCGAGGCCGGCACAGCUGCCACCAUGGCGCUUCAGCAGGUGAAGCGUUGAAAUACAGCGAGGGAUUGGGGGGGGGGGGGGAGUAAAACACAAGAAAAGGAGAGAGAAUUCAGACACGCACAGGAAAAAAAAAAAAAAAUGCUGUCAAGAGGCAGCGAGAAGAGGACGGGAAUGGAAAACUUGUCCAGCUCGCUCAAAUCCCUCCAGACCCUAAGUCCUCUGCAGAGAAUUCCCAGCUCAGACCGUUUCAAACCCCACACCUGCUUGCACUAAAAAAAAUGCUAAAUAAUUCAGUUUCUACUUGUGUGCUCUACGAACUGCAGAAUCCUCCUGGCUCCCGGAGAUUUGUGCGGUGGUUUAGGGGGGGGAAAUACCACCCGGCUGGGGCCGAGGGAGGGGAGGCUGGCCUGUCCCCUGCCCGACACGGGACAGGAGGCUGGCUCCGGAGCCUGUGUCGGCGCAGUGGCUGCGGCACACGGGGAAGGCUGACGUGCCGGGGACAGGAUAAAGGCGGGGAAGGAGGGGGGCUGGCGCAUUUUCCACCUGCCAAGCUUUUCUGAUCUGUGGCAGAUGUCUCUCCGCUUUCAAACCGCAUCAAGAAGUGUCCGCUUUCAUCUAGCCUCCUCGUUGGGAAAUUUUCCCAGAAGGGGAAAAAAUGAUCUUCUGCAGUCGACUCCAAGCGUCGCACCGGCAAGGACACAUGCCUGGAUCUUCGUCGCGUCCCUGUGGGGCCUCAUCCUGGAUCGGUGCUGCCCCGCUCCCCCCGUUUCUGCCAAUCCUUCUGAAAACCGAGGGCCCGUUGCCCACCCCAGUCCCCCCGCCCCAUACACUGGAAGGGCUGUGGGGUGACCCUGCUGGUGCACGUGCCUCCUGAAAGCCCCACACGUGCUCAGCAGGGACACAAUCCUACUUCCCACGCUAUUUCCCAAUCCCUCCAUGAAGGAAAAUUCCUCCACGAGCAGCUAAACCGAGUUUUCCUGCUGUAAAACAGCCUGGAAGAAAGCACGAAGGCCAAGGGGCUCUGCCAGAGGUCCCCAUGGGUGGCCUGCAGGUGGCUUGGCCACCCCAGUCCCCCAAACCGUCAGGCUCCAGGAGCACCCACCUCCCCCGGCUCCGUACCACGUCUCCAUCCGAACUACCCUGACAUGGGUACGUGCUUUUGUGAGCUACUUAGUAAAUGGAGUUUUCCUCCGAAACGUUAGCCUAGCACGGGAUAUUUCACUAGGAUGAAGGCAGUGGAGGAAAUUGAGGAAGGCAACUAUAAACCGAAGAAUUGAGGCAGGUGCCUCGGCUGAAACCAUCUCCUGGGAAGGGUUCUGCUCAGAGACUCGUGCUAUGGGCAGAGCGGCCCUAACAAGAAGGAAAUCCUUAGUUUCAGGCACAGAGGCUCUUAAAUUUUAUGUCUUGUUCAGAAAACUACAAUCCCAACAAGAGAAACAAUGAGCAUACGGCGUCUAAAAUGAGAUCCUCAGCGGACUCCACGCACGCACGCGGGACUGACAGUUAAUAAAGAAGCGAAGACAGCGCACGGCGGAGCAGCCCAGGAGCCGGCUGCGUCUACACGGCGGUUUGAGGAUACACCGGUGGUUUAUAAACUUCUUAAAAUUAGUGUCUUAAGGCUGCAAUUUCAACUGCUGUGUUCUCUUCUUGUCUCCGAUAUUAGACAUCGUCCCACCGAGACGGCGGUCGGAUGCUGAGAUACCCGACACACAGUCUCUUUUACGCUGCUGUCUUCCUCUGAGUGCUUAAAAAUGUUUGCACCCAGCUCAAAUUGGCACUUUUUUUUUUUCCAGCUAUAAGGAGAAGCCUAACCAUCACUGCAUUUAUUGUUAUCCCCCGAGCAAGUGUUGCUUACCUUGCAGAUUUUAUUUUGAUCUCCUUAGCCCACUGGUUGCUCUGGCAUUUUGUCACGGGAAGACAGAUAUUUGCUUAUACCAUCGGUGGCCAGCUCUGUGUUUGCAGCCUCUGUUACCGCAAACAUGAUAUCUUAAUUAAGGGACUUGUUGGCUUGCUGAACUCAGACAGAUGGAAUCUUAAUUCAAUUAGUAUACUUUAAUUACCUAUUAUAAUAGGACUUUAAAAAAAGAUGGACACAAGUGAAAGGUUUUCUGAGCAGCAAUCAAUUGUAUCAUAUAUUCAAAAAGAGUAAGUGGUAAAUGCUGUUCUGCAGUUUCUUUCUACCCCUCCUCUUCCUCAGCCCUAAAAAAGGAUGAGUUUUAUCUACAGUUUUGGAAAUGCUGCCUCUUCUCUCCUUAUGAAUUGAAAAUAAGCCAAAGUGGCAACGCACACAUAAAUCAUCUGGAAACCGGGAUGCCUGUGCGUUAACCCAUGUUCUCCUGACAUCUCAAGCUACAGCAAGCAACCUAAAAAAACGGAUGUAUUUUUGCUUUACAGACUGUAACCCGCUUUCCACAUGCGGAUGAGCGAAUGCCAGUAAAGAAGUCUGAACUUGAUUUAAAAAGAAUUAAUCUUGUCUUAGGACACAAGGAUGUGCCAGGUUUCUUCUAGUCCCUUUCAAAAUUCUUCUCUAACAAAAGCCCUCCAUAAAUAAACCACGGAAGACUAAAACAGUAGUUGGGGUCGAUUAUAAGGAAUCUACCUCUGUGGUUGAUCUGGGACAACAGGGAUAAUAAAGUCCUGACUAAUAGGUGCGGAGGACGGAACUCUCCCCAUAGCUGCUAUUUUGUGAAAAGUGCUCCUUUUGAGGUCUGUUUCGAUCACACAGGGUUGUUUGUGCCCAGGGAUGGAACUAGAUUUUGGAAAAACAUCCCUCCUCAUCUGGCUGGAAGAGGGCUAUUUCACCCCCAAAGCGCCACAAGAGCGAAAGCAGGCCUCGGGAGACAAUUCCCCAUUUACAUUUUUAUGAGCAAAAGGGCGGGCUUGGCAUUCUUGUGAUUUUUUUAAAUUUCUAUUUCGGGACCGAAGCUUGGAAAAACAGGUGGAAGCUUAGCUUCCAAUUGCUUAAAACUCUUUGACCACAAGAUGUGACAUUACGGCAUGCUUGCAACAUCCAAUAAACCUUUGUAAACAAGGUCCUGGCCCAAUUUUUUCUUGGCAGCUCUCUAGCCACGUGUCCCCUGCCAAGAACAGGGUGAGCAGAGGGAGUGGCAAUGCAAGCGUCCCCAAGCCUCCCAUGCUGACAAACGGGGAAUACGCACGAAGACCCAACUCUGGGCACGGCUUCUGCUGACACUGCCAACGAUGAGACCCUUGAGUGGCAAAGCUGUGCUCUGAGACUUGCCUAUUGGGUUAAAAAAAAAAAAAAGGCAUUUCUGGUAAGAUGGUGAGAGCUACAAUAUAGCAAAGGUUUGGGACUGGUUCAUUGUCUUGUUUUUAAGAAGUUAGAGUUGAAAAAUAAAGCAUUACUGGAUGUUACUGAUACUUCAACACAGCCUACCUAUUUUCCAAGGUAUCAUGCUCUCCUCCCACUAUUUCUAAAAGCUUAUUCUCUCCUCCUUACAUUGCUGUUUUAGAGAAACAUCCACCCACGUGUUCUUUGAGUAACACCAACUUACAGCCAAAGGUUUCAAACAUUAGGGGCAGGUAACAACCCACAUUUUAGAUAACUGGUGGCUGUUCAGCAGGAAACGUCUUCUGAGAGCAAAAAGCUGAGGAGCUCCUUGCCACGUGCUGCAGGCUGGCGGUGGGGAAGCACAGAGCUACCCAGCAAAACAGCUGGGGCUUUUAAAUCCACAGCAUUUCGCCUGCCCAGCAGCCAUGGCUCAACUGACACAGCAAAUAUCCCGUACCUACCAUUCUGCAUCAUCACAGCCAGCAGAGGAGCUCCGAAGAGCACCAGUGCUUGUUCACAGGCAGCAGGUAAAAGGCGCUGUUAUACUCAGCAGUAUAACAAAACCACCACUUAUGUCCUACAGCCCAGCUCCACGCCAUGCUAAAGCGCCCACAAUGACGAUGAGCUCACAGAAUUACACGUUUUAGAAGUCCCAGCAGCCCUGGAAUGGGAUGGAAUGAUUGCUGAAGUGCUGAAACAUAGGAGAAGGCUUAUUUAAACAUUUACCAUAUGUGAACCACCUCUCUUUUUCCCUUGUCUUUUGAGACUUCAGCACCUAGAAAGAAAUCUAGCUCAAUAAAGAAUGCUUCGUAGUUCAGCUUUGUUUACAGGCCCUGGAUAAGUAAUACCUGCUACCCAAUUCAGGUUCUACCAUCUGCCGCAUCACAUGAGAAAUCAAAUCUGCAAGGUGGUUUAUUUGUGAUUUUUUUUUUUUUAAAUGCAGGAGAAUCCGAGUUAGGCAGCGCCAUCACGCCGGGCAACGCAGAAUAAAGGGACAGUGUUUUAAUUUCACAUCCUCUAGAGACAGAAGUCGGUGCGAUCUGUAAGAGUAUCCCCAGCUCACUCAUGUCUGAACGUUCUCCAGUUGCAAGCGACGACCACGAGCGAUGCAGUUGCUGCCUGCCUCUGCGCAGAGCCAUUGCACAGGGCAAGUUCAGCACGCGAGCAGGUUUCCUGGCAGCCCACACGCAUUUGCGGUGGAUGAGAAGCAUGCAUGCAAUGAAACACUAACGCGGCUGCACGGAGAUAGCACGUACUAACUCGGAGGCUGCUGCCGGGUGAAGACACCAUUACAGAACACCAUUCUCUCAGUUAGGCACACCAACAGCGAGUCACACUAAGAUCUCGUCCAGCUUUGCUGGUACGGUGUGCAGGAUAGAAUCCAGUCUCCCCAGUCCACAAACACAGACUACAGAGAGAAAAAACUUGCGGGUCUGCUCGUGCCCUCACCACCAGCCACGCAGAGCACAGGCCAGUUGUCCUUGCAAAGGGCUGAGAGACCCGACGAGUGUCUGACAAAUGAUGGAGCUGGCUACGAGCUGCAAGCCAGCCACAGCGCUCCCACAGACUAAAAACUCCACAUCCUGUUUAGCUAUUUUUGUCGAGUGUUUUGUUGUUUGGCAAAAAUUCAAUAAUAAGCAAUAAUUUUGCCAGCACCACCUGCCUAGAGGAGUGAGAAAACUUAGUAGGAAAGAAAGGAAGCAAGGGCACAAACUGCAAUGCAGCAACAACCAGAAUCAACAGCGGGGAUCUCUCCUCUGAACACAAAACAAAAAAGCAACCAAAACCUUGUAGUCCUGCUGUAAAUUUAAAAUACGUAGGCAUGGGUAGGAGAAAAGGCUCCAUCCCAGCUAUGACACACAACAACCUUAAGAGUUAUCAUUUAUACUGCUUCAUGUUACCAUGUUAAGGACAGUGCUCCAGAUAAAAGUCCUCCCUCCAGGCAUCCCAUUAGACGUGACAGCAAGGAGAUUUGCAGACGCCCCUGGAAGGGCAUCGCUCUCCAGCAUGCCCUGCUAUGAAAUAGUGAGGACCAGCACACCCACCUCUUUCCGUCAGAACUAGAUCCCUCAGCCUGAUGAAAUGCUUCUCUGCUAACAUUUAGAUGACUCAAAAUGCUCGGGGUUAACCCCACAUCUGCUAUGAGGCUUCCACAACUGGAACCACAGCUUGAAAAUGGCUUCAUUUGUUCCUUUUCAUCCCGUCGCUUCUCGACGCGCAACCUCUGGCUAUUUCAAGGCUCAGGAAGCUUCAUUAGAAGCUUGGUACAGUCAUCCGAAGAGUUCUCAUCCUCAACACUGCUCCCCAGUGGCACAAGUCAACAAUUUUCAAUCCUUGCUCUGUCUCCUGAUGGCAGAGCUCAAAGUUAGAAUUAGAGAAACCAUUCCAGUAUAACACAAGACAUCAUUUCGCUCCUGAAGGGCUGGGGGAAGUGUUCCAGUUCCCACCCAGUUCAUCAUCCACUAUAUUACCUUUUUUUUUUUCUUUUUGCCAUUGAUGCUUUUCAAUUAUUCAAAGAGGAGGCCUACAUUUUAUACCGCUCCUGUCUGUGAUUUUUCAUAAUUUGAUGGAAUAAUUGCAAUCUUCUCUCUAUCCCUUCCCAAUUUACCCCAUCAAUUAACACAGUUCCUCAAGUGAUUUUAAUAAUUUAGUCUGGGAGACAAAGUCUAACGUACUAAGUAGGAGCAAGAUGCAAAAUCCAAACCUAAACUUGACCCAAAACUCAGAUGAUUUUCCUUGACUGCAUCCUGCCUAAAAAACUUCAACCAGGUUAAAAGGCCAACUCUGAUGCUGAACCGCUCCUGCUUUAUUAUACAGAUUUUCUAAAAGCCUGGCAGGCCACUGUAAUUCAUUUCCCCAACAAUUUCAUGGGCUGUCAUGUUGUUUUUUUUUUUUUUCCUGUUGCCCCACUGUUUCUUUUGCCCAUUGCCUGCCUGCACAAUUCGUGCUGGCACUCGCAUGCUGCAACCCCUCUUGUUGUGCACACAUCAGCAAUGCCAACAGCAGUCUUCAAAGUUAACCUCACACACAGAAACGUAACACACACAGCACCGGGAUUGCCAAGGCGCUAUUUGCUGCAGCAUGUGUCUGAAAUUGCAGCCAAAUAUCCAAGCGACCAGCAGGUCAGGAAAAAAUACACCUUGUAUAAUUAAAUGUCUUCGUAUUAGAUUAACAAAAAGAAGUCAUUAGAAAUAAAUGAGUUAAGUAAUUCCACAACACAAGUUAAAUUGCAGUCAUGAGAGAGAGAAAAACUGCAUGGCCCAAGCUGACUGAACAAGAUAAUUAUUUUAGCAAAACCUUUUGCAAAAUAAAUUGCACGGAAGUUGAAGAACCUUCUGAAACGAAGUUUAAAAAAAAAAUCUUUGGCUCCUUCAAGGAAGUGGGAGAAAGAAAAAAAAAGAUGGUAUUGUGUCCUUAACAGCAGUUUGAGAACCAGAACAAAGCCAGAGAGAGUUUCAAAGCACAGCAGCUCUCCCCACUCUGCUGUUUGUUCUGCUCAUAAGCAGACAAGCUGUUUCCUUUCAUCUGGAAAAACUCACACAAUAAGAAAAAUACCUCAAUAGAAUCUGACUCUGUAAUAACAAAGCCCAAGGGGCAGCCAGAAAGAAAUCUUUUGGCAAGUAAAAAAUAUUUGGUGUUUGGAUCCUCAGAGAGCACCGACUGCUUCUGGGUGUAGGGCACCCGUACAUCCUACCGCUGCUGGAAGAGGUCAGUGGAUUCAUUGAGGUGUUUCUCCUCGUCUCUCCUCCCCACACCCAAAUGAAGGCUGCAGCCCCUGUAGGUCAGCACAAAAGCAAGUGAAGGAAGCAGGAGCAAGGAGAUAAUAGGGAGAAGGAAGCACAUGAAAGACUGCACACGGGGAUGAAACGUCUCUCUGUAACACCCUUGAGAAGGGGGAAGAGGAGGAAUUAAAAGCACAAGUGGAGGGCUUGACCUGAAUUCUGAAUCUGAACCCAUGGUGCCUAUACUGCGGUUCAGAAGACAUGGCAAAAAACUCUCUCUGAAAUAUUGUUUUGAUAAAUAUGCCAUCUCCUUGUGGAAUUCAAAUCUCCAACUGUUCAACUGGCAUGGACAUCUCUGCAGUAACAACACAUGCCACAGAUUGUGAGUUAACUUGAAUUACAUUUCAGAUCUGGGGAGGGGAGGAUGUCAGUGGGAGGUUUAUGAACAGUAUGCCCUAGCUCUGAUGUUGUUAUAACCAGAUGGCUUCAGCUGUAUCAUUUACAAUAAAAAAAAAAACAACAAACAAAAAGAAGUGAAGUGACAAAUAAAUCAUUAAUUCACCUGCAACUGGAACAAUCUGAACAAGUCGCCUCCUUCACAUAUCUUAUUUCAGACCUUCCAUGUCAGUGUAUUCUGAAAAUGCACCUGGCUCUGCAGGAAGUGCUGGGACAGACAAGCCGCAGAACAGAUUAUUUUCCUGCAGGUAUCUCUCCACCCUCCAGGGAAGGAGGCUGCCAAAGCUGUAUCGCCUUCCCAUAAAUACCUCCCCAAAAAGGCUGAGGAUAUGCGAUGUCAACACCCGUUUACUUUCUUCUAGGCACGUCUGCUUCCCAGGGAAAGGCAGAGCCAGGGAUGCUCCUCGAACAGUUGGUCACUCUAACAUGACAAGGAUAAAAGGUCUCGUUCAGGUUUGAACAUUUCAGUAAACAAUGCAGUUACUGCAGCAUAAUUAGACAUCACUGAGCCACACAGACAACUUCUGUAAUUACCUGGCAAUGAACUUUUCACGUCUGUAUGCAAUUAUAAGCUAGAAAUGCUGGGUCUGAGUUCUGACACCGUAGUGGGGAAAAUCUCCUAAUGACUAAGUGCUUUGCUUACCUAAAAGGAAAUGCAUGCUAAAUCCAAUAUAAAAGGAAUUAGCAGAGUUGAAGCAAUAGAUGUAAUAUGGGAAUUUGUGAACCAAGCAGAAGGAAGGCUUUACUAUACAGACGGCUGUGUAUGUUUAUGAUGAGAGCCUCGGUGGGGGAACACAAAAAAAAGGGCAGGGACCCUCUCAUGAGUCACCAUCUGAUAAAAAUAGACAGCAGUUAGAUUAAACACGUGAACGUGUGAAUGGAGUUCUCCUUCACGCGAGGGACAAAAGGCUGUAAGAGAAGUAUGAUAACAGAAUGAAAAGUCAGAGACAACAGAUACCUAAUCUAUUUUCUAGACAAAACAGAGUUAUUCUCUCUAAUCCAUUAUGUGCCCUACCUGACCAUCUUAAGGUCAGAUCAAUUUGCCACUGCCGUGGCACUGCGUAUUUCAAUUUAACCUCCCUGGAUAUCUGGGGCUAAUGAUGACAUAAAUGGAUGGUGUCUCUCCUACCGAGACAUCCUGCAUUGCACCUUAAUUUUAUAAAAUAGAUGGUUUAUUAUACUCUUCUCCCUUCCCACGUUUAAACUUAAGGCCAGGUAAAACACAGGGCUAUGGGUCAGCUUCAGAGCUACUGUUAAAACCAGUGUCAUCUACUAUUUCAGUAAUACACACUGCAAGAAAUAAAACAGUUUUGUGCACAAUAUUCCUUACUAAAUCCCAUUCGAGUUCCAGGAGCAGCAUGACGCUAUCAUGACAUGGCAGCAGACUGAAACCAAACCUUUUGGGAGCUGGUCUUAAACUUGAAAGUCUUCAAAUUGAAACAAAAAAAGACAACAGAUACCACACAGUACAAAAUAGUAAUUAUUUAUAUUUUCAAAAAAAAAAAAAAGUUACCAGCUAUUUUGAAACUUCUUCCCUGUAAGAAGAGUGACUAAUAGAAAGGAACAGGACUGGCUCCUAUACAGUCAGCAAGUCAGGUACAAACAGUUGUUAAGAAUCAUUUAGCAACUCAGGACAGGGACUUUUGACGCAGCGUUCAUGAACAAUAAAAUUUCUCCUUUUUUUCUUAAAAAAGGUGGAGGAGGGAAAUAAAGCAGGGAAAAAUGCCAAAAACAUUUUCCACAAUAUCUAAAAACAGUAACUGUUGUUCUUAUCAGACGGCACGCUCCAGAUCAAGGAUUUUUCUAGUCCUUUCAAAACCAAUACAGACUUGCCAAAGGCUGCCUUCAGUCUAUUCACACCCUCCAGAACACACAGCCUCUCACUGUCCCCUUUCACUUCAACCUGUCAUUUUAUAAAAGGUGUUUUUUCUUUUUUUUUUCCUUUUUUUUUUUUUUUUUUUUUGCAAUUAACAUACAAGUGCUACUAA